GUUUUCACAUGAUUUUAAAUAAUUUUAUUGACUGUUAAAUACACACAAUAUUAUUACUGUAUUAUAUUUGUUUAAUACAGUAUCUAAUGUCUAAACGCAUGCUGUCCACUCAAGUGGCCAUCUGAAAAUCUCUGAAAAAUUGUGCCAUUUUUUUUUUCAUGUCCGAAGAGCAAUAAAAGCACAAAGGAAAAAAAAAUCCUACCUAAGGUUAAUAUAAUUUACCUUAAAAGGGUUAAUACAUUGAUGGUAUGAUUGGAAAUAUCUAAGAUCUAUAAUUGAUUGAUUCCAACCCAUCAUAAAUUUAACAUUUAAAAAAAGUUAUUCAAUACUUACCCCAACUGGGGACAUAUAGGGGUAUGCGUCAAUUCAAAGUUGCACCUGCUGAGCAAAAGUAAAAAAAAAAAAGAGUGUGAAACCAGAAUGUUUACACCAAGCUGUCCUUGUGAUAACGGAGAAAGCUAAAACAUUUAAAUCAGAGACAAAGCAGUUAAACGGACCACUUCAAAUGCAGUGCUCAUCUCUGGUGUUGCGGACUGAUGUUUUAUUGCACAAAUGGAGCAGAAAGUUGUUCUCAUUACUGGAUGCUCUUCAGGGAUUGGGCUCAGUCUUGCUGUGCAUCUCGCAUCAAAUCCAUCAAAAGUCUACAAAGUUUACGCUACCAUGCGGAACCUGGACAAGAAGCAACGGCUGUUGGAGAGUGUGAGAGGACUGCAUAAAGACACUAUGGCCAUUCUACAGAUGGAUGUGACAGAUCAGCAGUCUAUACUCGAUGCCAAAAGAAAUGUUACAGAGGGCAGAAUUGACAUACUGGUUUGUAAUGCAGGUGUAGGUCUGAUGGGCCCUCUGGAAGCUCACUCGCUGGACACUAUACGUGAAAUCCUGGACAUCAAUCUGCUGGGCACACUUCGCACCAUACAGACCUUCCUACCGGACAUGAAGAGAAAGAGACAUGGACGAAUCCUUGUGACAGGCAGCAUGGGAGGACUACAAGGUUUACCAUUCAAUGAGGUCUACUGUGCGAGCAAAUUUGCAGUAGAGGGCGCUUGUGAGAGCCUGGCUAUUCUACUCCAGAACUUCAAUAUCCAUGUGAGCCUGAUUGAAUGUGGACCAGUCAACACAGACUUCCUGAUGAACCUGAAGAGGACUGAGGCCAGCGAUGAGGCGCUGGAGGUUGACGCGCACACACGCAGCCUGUAUGAUCAGUACCUGCAGCACUGCCAGUCUGUGUUCCAGAAUGAGGCUCAGGAUACUGAUGACAUCAUACAGGUAUAUCUGGAGGCAAUUGAAGCACCAACUCCAUUCCUCAGAUAUUACACUAACAGAGCCCUACUACCCAUGAGCAGCCUGAAACUCACCUCCAUGGAUGGCUCUCAGUACAUCCGGGCAAUGAGCAAACUCAUCUUCUCUGCACCUGAUCCAGAUCCAAAGAUAUGAUCCUAAUACAUCCUGUACUCAUUUUUUUAUAAAGCCCUCAACUAUAAAAAAAAAAACAGUAAAUUUACAAUUUAAAAGUUUUGAUAUAUUAAGCAUUCAAUUGAAACUGAAGUGUUUCUGCUGGCACUUUAAGCUUGAAUCACUACUCUGAAUAACGGUGAUAUGUACAACAG